AUGGCCAACACGCUCGAAUGCUCCAUUGACAACCUGCCCAUGAUGGAAAAACAUCCACAUCACAAACUCACCAUCGUCCACAUGAGCGAUAGCCACAUUUCUCAUCAAUUUUUAAAAUCCAUUCCUGAUGGUGAUAUUUUCAUUCAUAGUGGUGAUAUUUCGCAUAAGAGUGAAUGGUAUGAUUGGCAACAGAAAAUUGAGAAGGAAUUGGAGAAAAAUCCAAAUUUAAAUAGAGAGGAAUUGUAUGAGUCAACUCCGAGUAUUAGUUCUUUUAAUGAAUGGAUUGGAGAAUUACCUCAUCCUAUAAAGAUUGUAAUUGCUGGAAAUCAUGAGAUGGGAUUUAAUGGAUUAACGAGGAGUUUUAUUAGGAAAAAUAUACUUCCGAAUGCGAUUUAUCUUCAGGAUCAAACAUUGAUCAUUAAUUAUAAAGGACAGGAAUUGUUGAGAUUAUAUGGAACACCUUGGACAACUAGCUCAAAUAUGGGAUUCUCAAUAUCAAGACACAGAAUUAAAGACAAGUGGGAGAAGAUUCCAAUGGAAACAGACGUUUUGAUUACUCAUUUGCCACCAUUUGGUAUAAUGGAUCUUGCAUCAGGGAAGGAUCCAGCUUUUUUCUGUGAUUACUGCAAAAAGGAACACAAAUAUAGAAAACAUUGGGGUAAUGUAGAGCUGAGGAAUAAGGCAAUUGAAUUAAAUUCCAAAGGUUGCUUACAGGCCCAUCUAUAUGGGCAUGUUCAUGAGUUUCAUGGCACAACUGUUGAGCCAAUUACAAAAGAUAGCUCACGACCACUCCUCUACUCAAAUGCAGCAUCUGUUGGCUCUCAUACUGAUAAGAAUAUUUUGAAACCUAAUGUUAUAGAGAUUCUCCCACGCAAAUUACAAUUAAUAUAG